AUGGUAAAGGUGGUGGUGGUGGUUGUUGUAGGCGGUUUUCAUGGUGGUGGUAGAGGUGGUGGUGGUGGCGGUGGUAGUAGUGGCGGAGGCGGUGGUGGCAUAGAAGUGAAUUUCACAGCAGUCAAUUUUGAGCUUUCCCUCUCAAAAUUGAUAUCCAUUGUUGCAGCACCACAACCGUUUGCAGUCAAAUCUGAGUUUUUUCACCACUGUGCGCAGACUCACUGGAACAUACCAAAUGAUGAUUACAAAGCUCAGGUACUUAAAGUUUGCAAUCAACAAUGGAGGAGCUACAAGUCCAAGCUUGUCAAGUUCAUGGACAGACGCAUUGAUCCGUUAGAAAAAUACCCCUACCUAGACAAAGACAUGUGGAAUGAUUUUGUAAAGCAAAAGUCCAAGCCCGAAUUUAAGGAAAUAAGAGUGAAAGCAACAGCAAGUGUGAUGAUGAACAAGAACCCGCCCCGUUUAGGCCCACAAGGGUAUCGUGGCAUGCGACCUCGAUGGGAGCAAGAGAUGGAGUCUGGUGUAUUGACAAAAGCCCACCAGAUAUCAAGCGAACGAGCAAGGGAAUAUAUAUUUGCUCGGUUAAAACGUGACUCCUCAGGGGCAUUGAUUGUAACACCAGAUAUGGAGCCCUUAGUGGAUAAUAUUGUAGAGAAAGAAAAGCAAGUAUCUCAAGGAGACUUGGAGAUUAGACCAAGAUCCAAUCUAUUGGUUGAGGUUUUAGGACCAGAGCAUCCUGGUCGUAUGAGGGCAAUCGGGUACAAUGUUGGACUGAAGCAAUCUAUACUAGGGAUUAAAGAGAAAAAUAGGAAAAAACAUGAGAUACUAGAUUUGAAAGAGAUGAAGGCUAAGCAAGAGGAACAUGCUAAAUCGAUUGAUGACACUGUUACAAGCCCAAGCCCGGUGGUGAACAAAACUAGUCUUGAAUCGACACUAGUGGUGGAUGCAUUAGAUAAAAUAUCAGUUCCUAUAGAGUGUGAGUUGUUGCUACCUUACAGCAUGGUGCAAAGAAGAUGUGCCAAGGGACGCGUCCACCCAUUUGGAAAUGGGAUAGUACACUCGACACCUUUACAAAAAGAUCAUGUGAAGACCUCCCACUCGCCUCCAUCCGUGGAAAAAGAUGCAAGUCCUCCCACUAAAAAAGUUUCCCCUGUUAUGGAUAACCAGGUCCAACAAUACCAAAAAAAGCAAGCAGCCAAGCGGUUGCCAACAAUUGCAAAGAGGGCAACACAAAAAUUUGUGACACCAAAGAAACUACAAGGCAGACCUGUCAUUCAAUCAUGGUAUAAUAAUUUUACAAGCAACAAAUUUAUUGAAGAAUUUCAUGUUGAGUCAGAACCUGGUAUGUUUGGGCCGGGGAGGGUUGAAACGUACAUUAGGCAUGAUGUGAUUUUAGAGAUGUUGAAUAGUGAAGAGCUUGACAUCAGUUGUAUACUUUGGUAUCAAAUAGUGCUACAUUCCAUUCUUGCAACAAAUGGGGUUAACAGAUGUGCAUUUAUAAACCCACACUCAAUCACCGAAACAGUAUGUGUCCAUGAUGAGCAGGACAAGACUAACCAACACAACAAUCGUGUUGCAACUGACAUCGCUGAAACAAUGAAUUUCCAUCAAGAAAAAGACUUUUUUCUUGCCCCAUAUUGGCAAAGUCGUCAUUGGUUGCUGCUUGUGAUUUGCCCUUAUCAACGCACUGGUUACAUUUUGGAUUCCAUCAAGAAGUCAGGAAAUCCGACUAAUUCCUACAAAGUCAUAAAGCAUGUUGAAAAGGCUGUUGAAAUGUUUAAUGAAGAUUUUGAAACAUCACAUCCAAUGACAUGGACGAUUGCUGAUUGCAAUCAACAAUCGUCUAAUUGGGAAUGUGGCUAUUAUGUGUUGAAAUGGAUGCGUGAAUUUGUCAUGUAUCGGCAAUAUGCAUUCCCGAAUAACCUUUGGAAUGAUAUAAACCCCAUUCCUGAAAAGUUGUUGGACGAUGUGGUCAAUGCGUGGAUGACUACUUUUCAAAGUAAAUAUAUGAAAUGA